UCUCAGGCAAUCACAAUCACUUGCACAAACAAAAUGCUCGCUAAGAUUGUUUUUCUCUUCGCCCUUGUGGCUGUUUGUGCUGCGGAUUACUCCCAGUUCUCAUACGGUGUGGCUGAUCCUUACACCGGCGACUACAAGAGCCAGAUAGAGAGCCGCGCCGGAGACAGGGUCCGGGGUCAGUAUUCUCUGCUCGAUGCUGACGGCACCCGCAGGACUGUCGACUACGCCGCCGGCGCUGAAGGAUUCAAUGCCAACGUCAGGAAGGACCCUGCUCUUAUCCCUGCCGCGUCCCUAGCCUACGCCGCACCUUCCUACCCAUACGGAUACGGAUACCCUUACGGGUACAACAACGCGGCUUUCGGCUACGGCGCCUACGGAUAUGCUGCUCCUUACGCUUUUAGAAGAUUCUACUGA